UAGGAUCUACAUUUGUGAAAAAUCUAAUUAAAUGCAAUCAAGAACAUAAAAAUAUAUGUACACCUGAAAUGAUAAAAAUGUUGGAAACAGAAGUAGAUUGCAAUACUUUAACAACAGAUGGAAUAUAUAAUUCUUUAUUCAAAAAUGAAUAUUUUAAUAAAUUAGUUAAAUUUAAUAUUGAUGAAAUUAAUGAUAUACAUGCACAAAUAGCAUUACGAAAACAACAAAUACAAAAUUAUUGUGAAAUUGAGUUUUUAAUAGAUGAUUUUUCAACAAAUAAUAGAUUUGAAAACUUUAUGAAAGGUGGAAUUUAUGAACCAUUUUUUUGGAAUUCAAAACCAUUUUCCAAUGAUCAAAAAAAAAUUAUUGAAAAUAAAUGGUUAGAAAAUAUGAAUAGAUUAGUAAAAUUAGAAAAAAAUACUAAUAUGAUCCAAUAUUUAGAUGAAUUAUUAAAAAUAUCAGAAGCUUUAAAACAUAAUCAACUUUUUACACCAGAUUCUUCUAAAUCAACAAAUAUAUCAAAUGAUGCUAAAAGAGAAUUUAACAAAAGAAGAUUAAAAAUAUUAGGUGAAAAAGAAGUUCCAGAAAUACCAGAUCCAACACCUGAAAGUUCUGAUAAUUUUAAUAAACUUGAAAAGAAAAUAAAAAAUAUCAAAUUAUCUGAUAUAUCAAAAUUAAUUGAUAAUAAUGAUAUUUAUCAAAAAAUCAUUGAUUCAAAAUUACCUGAAAAUGAUAUUACAACAUUACAAAAAUUAAGAAAAGAACAAUUAAAUAAAUUAAUAGAAAAUCAAUAUAAUGAAUUGGAUAAUAUAAUAAAUAGAUCUAAUGAUAUAGAUGAGUUAAAUAAAUUAAAAUCUAAAAUCAAUGAUUCAUUUUUAAAUGAAUCACAAAAAGAAAAAUUAGAAAAAAAUAGAUUAGAAAAAAUUGAAAAUCUCAAACCUAUUGAAAAACCUGAAACUAUUUCUUUCAAUGAUUUGAAAGAAAAAAUCGAAAAUAUUAAAUUAACAAAUACAAAAGAAUUAUUUGAUGGUAAUGAUUUACAUCAAACAAUUACCAAUUCAAAUUUAUCACAAAACGAUAAAGAAAAUUUAGAAAAACUAAGAAAUGAAAAAUUAAAUCAAUUAAUAAACGAACAAUAUAACAAAUUUAAUAAUCUUAUAAAUAUAUUAGAAACUGAAGUUGAAUUAAACAAUUUAAAUAAUGAAGUAAUAAAUAAUAUAUUAUUACCAAGAGAUAAAAAAGAAAUUAUUGCAAACUUAAUUGAAGAUAAAAUAAAUAAAUCAAAGGGAAAAGAAAAAUUAGAAAAAGAAAAUAAUGAAAAAUAUGAUGAAAUUAAACAAAAUAUUGAUAAAUUCUUAACACCUGAAACUUUAGAAAAUUAUUUUAAAGAAAAUAUUAAUUCUAUUGAUGAAAAUUAUUUAACAAACAAUAGAAAUAAAUUAUCAUUAAAUAAUUUUUAUAAUGAAAAACAAAAUCUUUUAAUUGAAAAAUUAAAAGAAACAGAAAAUCAAAACUAUUUAGAUAUUUUAACUGAGAUAGGAAACUGUGAAGAUUCAAAUUUAUUAACAGAUAAAUUUUAUAAUGAUAUUUAUCAUAAAUCAUUAGAUAUACUUGAAAAUAUUCUUGAUAAAAAUAAAAAUAUAUUUAAAACUUUACUUGAAGAUUUUGAAAAUGAUAAUAUAAGUAAUUUAAAUGACAAUUUUUUAUCUGAAGAUAAUUUUCUUCAAAGAAAAGGUGAUGAAAAUUUAGUAGAAAAAAAUCUUGAUGGAUGGUUAAAAGGAGAUGAUCUAUUACCUAACCAAGAUAAAUUAAAAGGAUAUACUCUAAUUAGUAAACCUGAACAGAAAAUAAAAGUAGCUAAAAUAGAAAAUUCUAAAUUUACUGGAAAUAUUAAUAAAAUUACAAUAUCUGGUGCUGAAGUUAUAGAGAAAGAAGCAGAACUUGAUAAAUCAUUAGCUGGUACAUAUUUAUUACCAUAUGUUUUUAAUCUAAUAGAAUUUGAUAUAAAAGCAUUAAAAAAUAAUGAUGAUGAUAGUUAUAAUUCAGAUAAUUUUGCUAAAAUAAAAGAUACUACUGUAAAACUUAAAAAAGGUGGUGAAUUAAAACUUAAAAUAGUUGAUGUUGAUGGACCAGGAAUUCUUCCUAUUCUAACAGGUGAUGGUAAAACAACUAAAGUAGUAAGAUGUUUACUUACAUGUAUUUUUCCUAGAAAACAUAUUAUAUUGAUAACACCAAAUGAAGAAUUAGCAGCCGAUGCUAAAAAUCAUCAUAAUACCUGGUUACAAUAUAGUAAUGGUAUUUCUUACAAAUGUGUCAUAUAUGGAAAACAAGGAGAAUUACCAUAUAUAGUAAAAAAUAAAGAAUUAGCAUCAUGGAAUAAAUUAAUUGGAUAUGAUAAUGAUGAUAAGGCACAUUUUCCAAAUACAAGUUAUCAAGUAGUACAACCACUAAUAAUUAGAAUGGGAUAUAAUACUUUAUUAAUGAGUGCUACAUUUCCUAAAAAAAACUUUUCUAUAUCAACAUCAAAACCAAGAGAAGUAUAUUCUAUAACUAAAUUUUCUAAUCAAACAGAAUGGGAAAAUGAAAAAACACAAAUAUUUUUCAGAACAACUGCAAAUGAAUAUCCUAGAAAAAUAAAUGGUGAAGAAGAUACUGAUGCUGAACCAAUAUUAAAAUCAGGAUUAACACCAAAAAAAUUUAAAUUAUUAGAAGAAAGUGAUAUACCUUUUGUAAUAUUUGAUAAUACAAAUUCAUCUGCUGUAUCUGGUAUAACUGAAGGAAUGCCACCUGGUUCUUUGUUUAUAGCAAAUAUUAAUCAUGAAAUGGAAUUUAGUCCUGAUGUUGAUAAUGUGAUAUUAAUUGGAGAAACACAAUUAGAAAAAUUAGGAAAAGGACCAGGAGCAAAAAGAUGGAUUUAUGAUGAAAAAGAUGUUCAAUACUUAUCAGUUGCAAGUAUAGUUCAACAAAUAGGUCGUGUUGGACGUUUAAAAAAAGGAAAAGCUUUUUUAACUACACAACAAUUAAAAGAAUUAAUACCAAGUGAUGAUAUUGUAUUUCAUUUGAUAAGUGGAAUAAUGCUUCCUUCAAGUGAAGAACCAAUGAAAAAAUUAAAUACAUUAGCUGUUAUGAUUGGUGUUAAAGGAAAUCCUAAACCAAGUUCUGCUAAUCAAAUAUGUCCUACAUAUGAUAAUUUACCGGAUCCAGAUGUAAAAGAUCCAAAUUUAUGGGCUUUACAUACAGAAG